AUGCCUUUUGUUUACGAUAGCCAGUAUGUUCCGGUCUACGCCCUGGAACCGGCCAACGCAACAGGGUGUGUGGAAGGCUAUCAGAGGUUCCGUGACAGCUGUUACCGCUACAACAAAGAUCUCUAUACCUGGGACCAAGCAGAGAAGCUGUGUCAAGUGGAGGGCUCACAUCUGGUCAGCCUUUCAGACAGGUUUGAGCAAGACUUCAUUGAACUUCUGACCCUGGGAGCUGCCCGUGACCUGCAGAUGUGGCUAGGUUUGAAAUACGACCUGGCUACAGAAGCUUUUGCAUGGUCGGACACAUGGCCUGUGAAGUACACCCUCUGGGACAAGGAUGAGCCCGAUCGUAAGCCCAACGAGGGUUGUGUGAGCCACACAGUGGAUGGUCGAUGGCAGGACGUGCCAUGUGAGAUGCAGAUGUCCUUUGUCUGUGAACACAGUCUAGUUCGUCCACCCACUGCUAAGCCUCCAAAGCCCGCCUCAUGUCCGCGUGGAUGGGUGGGGCUAGGCAACAGCAACAACUGUUACAUGCUGGAGGCGAAGAGUCUGAAGAGCUGGUCAUCGGCCAGUUACGCCUGCACCAUCUUAGGUGGACAUCUGGCCAGUAUGCACACAGCUGAGGAGAACCAGUUCGUGGUCAGUCAGGUCGCUCGUGGAGGGAAGGACACCUGGAUUGGCAUCUCCAAAGGACAGGGAACCGGUUUCUCCUGGAGUGAUGGGACGGCUCUCAACUUUAUGUUCUGGACACCAGGGGAAGGAGCCAUAGACGAUGACGACUCCUUGCACCAGGACUGUGUUGUG